UCUUCUCAUCUUUAAAUCUCAUUACGCGCACUGAUCCCCCUGCUCUCCAAACCAAGAAGAUGCCCAAACCCUCACCGUGCGUGUUCCCAUGGUCCUCCCUGUGGCUGGCAUCUUUGGCUACUUUGGUGGUGCAGUCUGUGCUCUCUUCCUCCUACUCUUCUUCUUCUUCCUCCACAUAUCAGAGACCUGCUGCCGGUGGGAAGCGACCGGGCUUUAUGGAGAGGACGCUGGUUCUCCUGGAUGUCAACACCCGCAGUCCGAUCAGAGUCCUCAACGACAACUUCCUUUCUUUGCAGCUGGACCCCUCGAUCAUCAAAGACGGUUGGCUGGACUUUCUGAGCUCCAAGCGGCUCGUGACCCUGGCGCGCGGCCUGUCGCCUGCCUUCCUGCGUUUUGGUGGAAAGCGGACAGACUUCCUGCAGUUCAACAACCAGAAGAACCUCGCUAAGUUCAGAGGCCCGGGGCCGGACUACUACCUGAAGAACUACGAAGACGAUAUAGUGCGCAGUGACAUUGCACUGGACAAACAGAAGGGCUGCAAACUGGCCAGCCACCCUGACAUAAUGCUGGAGCUGCAGAGGGAGAAGGCUGCCACCACACAGCUCGUCCUGCUGAAAGAGCAACUGUCCAACAUCUACAGCAACAUUACAAUAACAGCCAGGUCUUUAGACAAACUGUACAACUUUGCCGACUGUGCUGGUCUGCACCUGAUCCUGGGACUCAACGCGCUGCACAGAAACCCAGACAACUCCUGGAACACGUCCUCCACCCUGAGCCUCCUGAAGUACAGCGCUGGCAAGAAGUACAACAUCUCCUGGGAGCUGGGCAACGAGCCUAAUGCCUACCGCAGCAUGGUGGGUCGUGCGGUCAACAGCACCCAGUUGGCUCAGGACUACACCAAGCUGCGGACCCUGCUGCAGUCUGUGCGCUACUACCAUCGAGCUCACCUCUACGGCCCCAAUGCAGGACGACCCCGGAAGAAUGCAAUCGUACUGCUGGAUGGGUUCAUGAAGAAUGCUGGUUCUGUUGUAGAUGCAGUUACGUGGCAACAUUAUUACAUGGACGGCAGAGUGAACAAAGCGGAGGACUUUCUAAAAACCCGUCUGUUGGACACACUGACUGAGCAGAUCACUAAAGUCACUAAGGUUGUGAACACACACACUCCUGGUAAGAAGGUGUGGCUUGGUGGACUGGGGCCGGCAUGGGCAGGGGGCAUCAAUAAUCUCUCUGACACAUAUGCUGCUGGCUUUCUGUGGGUGAACACGCUGGGUAUGGCUGCUGUGCAGGGGAUAGAUGUUGUGCUGCGUCACUCAUUCUUUGACUACGGAUACACACACCUUGUGGACCAGCACUUUAACCCCUUACCUGAUUACUGGUUUUCUCUGGUCUUCAAGCGUCUGGUUGGUCCGAGGGUUUUAGCGGUGCGAGUGGCUGGACUCCAGAGGAAGCCGCAACCAGGACGAGUCAUACGAGACAAGCUGCGUAUCUACGCCCACUGUACCAGCUACUACAAUCAUAACUAUGUAAGAGGGUCCAUAACAAUCUACAUCAUCAAUCUGCAUCGGUCACGAAAGAAAAUCAAGCUGGCGGGGACGUUACGGAACAAAACUGUCCAUCAGUACCUGCUGCAACCCUAUGGCACUGACGGACUCAGAGCCAAACAUGUCCAGCUGAACGGGGAGAAGCUGUUCAUGUCGGACAAUGAGACAUUUCCGGAGUUGAAGCCUAAGACGUUGAGGGCUGGACGGACUAUAGCCAUGCCUCCCAUGACCAUAGGCUUUUAUGUAAUAAAAAACAUAAACGCAUACGCCUGUCGAAGAUAACACUGACCCUGAGAUACAGGCGUGAUGCUCAAACCACCAACCCUCUGCCGGCUUGACUGAGGGAGGUCAGAAUUAGGGACUGGGAUUUUAGUGUUUUGCUCAAGGACACUUCAACAGAGUGGACACAUGGCUUGAAUACACUACAGUCCUCUGGUUUAACUGCAGCCUCUACAAUCGUUACAUCAGUGAUAAUAUUUAAAACGUCCUACCAAAUUAAAAUUAUCCUAGCCCUUCCCUUGCCCUCUUCUGUGGUGCGGCAAAGAAAGACUUGCCCGAGACACAUACAACGGGCUGCACUGAACACUUUUCAGUUCCUUUCACCAACUAUUCCUCAUAUGCUAUAAGACUUGUAUGGACAGUGGUUGUUUUGUGCCUUUGUGUGAAGUUUGUGUUUUGUAGUUACAGAAAUGCAAUAUCAAAACGUCCACAUUCUUUGACUUGAUUAAGCUAUUUUUUUUUCUCUUGGAUUGUCAAACCUAGGGUUCGUUAUCUCCGUGUCUGCCAAGAGUUUUUCUAAUCUUGCAUUAGUGGACAGACAAAAAAAGAAUGAGAGAAAACUCUGAACAGGCAGCGUUUCUGAGGUAUACACAAGUCAGCUUCAGUUUGACUUGAUCCUUUCCACAAAGAGAAAAUGCCGAGGUGAGUUUGUGUGUUUGAGGUCAGGCGUGGACUAACCAAGUGCUAUGUGUGUGUGUGUGUGUGUGUGUGUGUGCGUGUGUGUGUGCGCGCGUGCGUGCAUGUGUUUUAUUGAUAAAGCUACUGAUGUGUCUGUCCAGCCUGUUUGACGUGCCUCUGAAAGUAUACGUUUCUUCCUUUGCCAUAUCAAGUGGCUUAAAGGGAAAAUCUGUUUCUUUUAAAGGCCGUUUUGUAUGUUUCAAUUUAACUGCAGAGUACCAUAGCCAGGAUGUGUCGCUGGUGUUGUUUUGCAGCGACGCAUAGCUGGAGAACAAUGUGAACCCAUCCGUAACAUUUGCCCUCACGAAAAUCCGGGUUUUGCUUCAGAAUCGAAAAUUCUAAAAUGCUAGUUUUUCAGGUAUAUUUUAAUCUAUUUCACUUAUCUCUUUGAGUGUGAUCUCACUUUUUAUA